GUGCUGGAGUACCUGACGGCCGAGAUCCUGGAGCUGGCGGGCAACGCGGCCCGCGACAACAAGAAGACGCGCAUCAUCCCCCGCCACCUGCAGCUGGCCAUCCGCAACGACGAGGAGCUCAACAAGCUGCUGGGCAAGGUGACGAUCGCGCAGGGCGGCGUGCUGCCCAACAUCCAGGCCGUGCUGCUGCCCAAGAARACCGAYAGCCACAAGGCUAAAGCCAAGUGAGCGCCGAAGAACAAAGUCCAGGAAGUUUUACUACGAGAAACCCAAAGGCUCUUUUCAGAGCCACCUACAAAUUCAGAAAAAGGGCUUGAAUGUCGACAAAGUGGGUAAACUCCCGGGCGGUUUUGAAAUACUUGUAUCAGAUGCAGCUCUACAUUAAUACCAGCCCCAUGCUGUCUUACCUGCUCCAAGUAAGCAGUUCAACCCUUCCGCAACCAAUUCUUGCACCUUGUGGACAUGCUGAAAGGUACCACAGCGUUGUUGUUACCCUGCCUCCCAAUUCAAGCACCCCUCAAGCUGAAACAGCACAUUAGCCAGCAGACAGCCGUUCUCCCACGCCCCUCCCCUCUUUACCUUCCCCAAAAAGGCCACAGCCUCAGCAUUUCAACCCGUUUAAGGAAACGURGGUAGCUCUUAAAAGAGCCAUUGGGUUUAAGUGUGAAGGAAGAC